AUUUGUUUGGGCGGGGGUGAGGUAACUCCGGUGGUUGUGGAAAGCUGAGGAAGGAGAUUUAACGAGGUUGCAUUUCUCUCUGGGGAGGCCCACUUCCUUGUGAGCUGACUGCAUGGGAUGGCAAAGGGUUUCUUAGCCCGGACUGUUACUGUGGUGUCUCUUACUGUAACACUAUCUGCAGCUACUACUAAGUCUUCUUACUGCCACUAUUUCUACCCAAUAUUCCAAGCAGUCAGGAAUAUUGCAUACAGCCCAUCUUCAGAACAUUGGUUCCACAGUGACGCUGCUAAAAUGUCACAUUGUAAAGAUCCCAAAGAAAAUGUACACAACAAAGCUAGGACCUCCCCGUAUCCAGGAUCCAGGAUCGAGCGCAGCAAAGUACCCAAUGAUAAAGUGGACUGGUUAAUUGACUGGGAGGACUAUAGCCCUGUGGAAUAUACAGCGCGCUCUGUUUUGGCAGGACCUAAGUGGGCAGAUCCAGAGAUUGGGGCCAAAAACUUUACACCACAUUUCAAUGAGAAGGAUGGGCAAGUGGAGAGGAAGAGCCAGAAUGGUUUAUAUGAGGUGGAAAACGGAAGGCCGAGGAACCCUGUAGGCAGAACUGGAAUAGUGGGCCGAGGUCUGCUUGGGCGCUGGGGUCCAAAUCAUGCUGCAGACCCUCUUAUAACUAGAUGGAAGAGAGAUAGCAGUGGCAAUAAAGUAGCUCACCCAGUAUCCGGCAUAAACAUCUUGCAGUUCAUUGCGAUCAAAAGGAAAGACUGUGGGGAAUGGGCCAUCCCAGGGGGAAUGGUAGACCCAGGGGAGAAGUUAUCUGCUGCGCUAAAACGGGAAUUUAGUGAGGAGGCCUUGAACUCCUUACAGAAAACUGGGGCCGAGAAGGAAGAGAUGGAGAAACAACUAAAUAGGCUUUUCAAUCAGGACCACUUUGUGGUAUAUAAGGGAUAUGUGGAUGAUCCUCGUAAUACAGACAAUGCUUGGAUGGAGACAGAAGCAGUAAACUAUCAUGAUGAAUCUGGUGAGGCAAUGGACAAUUUGCACCUAGAAGCAGGAGAUGAUGCUGGGAAAGUGAAAUGGGUUGACAUGAGUGAAAAGCUGAAACUGUAUGCCAACCAUGUUGACUUCGUUAGGCUUGUAGCAGAGAAGAGAAGAGCUCACUGGAGUGAAAAUCCUGACCUAAGUUGCCAUGAUCAAAGCCUAACUAAAGCCUGAACAUGUCAAACAGAAGUAGAGUAGUGGAAUGCUGCUUGAAGAAGCACCGCUGAUGUAUAAAUUAAAGCUGUAAAGUACCCGCAGCCAAAGUGAAGUUACUAAAUUCCCUUGAUUUCAAUGGGAGAGAUUUAACUUUUUCACUGAAAUCAACGGGGCUUAAAAGUGUUCGGCAUUGGCUACAUCAUGUCCUCUUCUUUUCAUGAGGAAAUCAUUCCAAGGGAUUAGAUAAAUUUGUGUAUCCAUUACAUAUGGAGAAGUAAUACAUCUGUAAUGGUGUGAUUUUUUGUUUGCUAACAGGAGUGUUGUUGACAGGCGUUUUACAAUUUGUGAUGACAAAAAAUUACAGAAACACAAGUGUCCAUGAUUCUCAGAGAUUAAAAAUGUUUUUUUCCCUUUACAUAAUUGCGAGCUUCUUCCUCUGUUUUCAUUGCCAAAUUGUUGAAUGGUAAUGGAUUGUAACUUCUGUACUGUGGUUAUUAAGCUCCGCUUCUCUUUUACUUGCUGAUGUUGAUUAGUUUUUAGGAAAAUAAACCUUGCAUGUCAAUACUUAAUAUUUAUUGCCAUAACCCAUGAUAAUGAAGCAACUAAGGGUGCAAUCCUAUGCACACAGUGGUGCUUAUUUCUGAGUAAAUGUGUACAGCAUUGCACUGUGAAUUCUGAAUGUAUUUCAUGUUCAUCAUACACACCCAGCAAGGCAUUUUUCAGAAAUAAACAGCCCUAUUCUUAUUUCCAUGCUGAUUCUAUUCUUUAUGGAGAUGAGGAAAGAAAACUGUGAUAUAACUGGAAUAAAAAUCUAAGGUGCACAUAAUCAGGAAACAAAAAGUAACAAACUGGUAUAAAAUAU